AUGGCUCCUACAAUCACUGGAGCAAUAACCAACUCUCAGGAGCAUCUGACUCGGCGCCACAAGCUCAGAAACCCUCUGGUGGAGAAGUUACGCAGAGAGCGAAUCAACAGCAGCAUCGAGCAGCUCAAGUCUCCUGAGUCCCUCAACCAGCAGCCAGACUCCAAGCUGGAGAAAGCAGACAUCCUGGAGAUGACCGUUUGCUUCAUGACACAGCUGCUGCAGCAUGAACAGAAACAUUUUUGA